AUGUCGUCGUCGUGUAGUUCAGAUAUUCAGGCAUCAACUGCAGAGGGCAUCAGUGGCAUAUUUGAAGAGCAAACCCUCACAGAAUUGUGUGCAGAGACCCUGGAAAAUGCUGGUGAUGUUGAAGAACUGCCAGUAAGGAGAGACACAGAACCACACUUAGAAAUUCAAACACAGAACAUAACUUUUGAAUCAACAACCAAUGAAGAAGAAACAACAGAAGACAGCAUCCAUGAUGUUAGUGUUCCUGACAAAACAAUUGAAAUUAUUGGAGAUACAAUUACAGUGAAGAGCAAUGUGACUAAUGAAUCAGAUUUUCUUCAAAAUGAUACUCCUACUGAUAUACACCAGGAAGCAUUGACAGUAUCUGAAAAUGUUGAAAAUGUUUCAACCGUGACUGAUUCUCAUCUUCUCUUGAGAGACGUUGAACCUGUAGAUUCAUUAGAAGCAGACACAGUUCCUGAAAAUACUGAAAUAAUCAUCAGUCCUGAAGACUCUCACAUACAGGAGCUACACUCAAAAUUAAAUCCAGUUGCUAACAAGAGAAAAAUGGGGUCAACUCGUAGACCUCUUGGAGGGAACAAAGGUCAAAGAAAAGGAAAAGAACAUCAUGAGGGCAAUGUGACUCUUAACACUAAAAGUAUUAGAAAUAAUGAGGUGGAAAUCUUAGAUGUGGAGGAUGAGCACCAUCUAGAUAAUUCUACAUUAAGAACAUCAGAGACAAAAGAUGGAACUGCAGAAAAGGAGAGGGAAAUAUAUGUGGAGAAUAAUGCUAGCCCUGUUGAGGGGAUUGACUCAACUCACAUGUCGUCGUCGUGUAGUUCAGAUUUUCAGGCAUCAACUGCAGAGAGCAUCAGUGGCAUAUUUGAAGAGCAAACCCUCACAGAAUUGUGUGCAGAGACCCUGGAAAAUGCUGGUGAUGUUGAAGAACUGCCAGUAAGGAGAGACACAGAACCACACUUAGAAAUUCAAACACAGAACAUAACUUUUGAAUCAACAACCAAUGAAGAAGAAACAACAGAAGAGAGCAUCCAUGAUGUUAGUGUUCCUGACAAAACAAUUGAAAUUAUUGGAGAUACAAUUACAGUGAAGAGCAAUGUGACUAAUGAAUCAGAUUUUCUUCAAAAUGAUACUCCUACUGAUAUACACCAGGAAGCAUUGACAGUAUCUGAAAAUGUUGAAAAUGUUUCUAUCGUGACUGAUUCUCAUCUUCUCUUGAGAGAUGUUGAACCUGUAGGUUCAUUAGAAGCAGACACAGUUCCUGAAAAUACUGAAAUAAUCAUCAGUCCUGAAGACUCUCACAUACAGGAGCUACACUCAAAAUUAAAUCCAGUUGCUAACAAGAGAAAAAUGGGGUCAACUCGUAGACCUCUUGGAGGGAACAAAGGUCAAAGAAAAGGAAAAGAACAUCAUGAGGGCAAUGUGACUCUUAACACUGAAAGUAUUAGAAAUAAUGAGGUUGAAAUCUUAGAUGUGGAGGAUGAGCACCAUCUAGAUAAUUCUACAUUAAGAACAUCAGAGACAAAAGAUGGAACUGCAGAAAAGGAGAGGGAAAUAUAUGUGGAGAAUAAUGCUAGCCCUGUUGAGGGGAUUGACUCAACUCACAUGUCGUCAUCGUGUAGUUCAGAUAUUCAGGCAUCAACUGCAGAGGGCAUCAGUGGCAUAUUUGAAGAGCAAACCCUCACAGAUUUUUGUGCAGAGACCCUGGAAAACGCUGGUGAUGUUGAAGAACUGCCAGUAAGGGGAGACACAGAACCACACUUAGAAAUUCAAACACAGAACAUAACUUUUGAAUCAACAACCAAUGAAGAAGAAACAACAGAAGACAGCAUCCAUGAUGUUAGUGUUCCUGACAAAACAAUUGAAAUUAUUGGAGAUACAAUUACAGUGAAGAGCAAUGUGACUAAUGAAUCAGAUUUUCUUCAAAAUGAUACUCCUAAUGAUAUAAACCAGGAAGCAUUGACAGUUCAUUAG